AUGUUAAGAAAAUUGAAGCAGUAUUCAUACAUAGGGCACAGUGUUUGCCGUUUCUCGCCAACUGUAGAAAAGACGUCUGUCAGUAAAGGCGCAGAUAGAGUUGUAGCUAUUGCAUUUACGCUCAACUGCUGCGACGCUGCCUGCAAGUAUGUCGCGGCAUAUUUGACGGGUUCAAAAUCGCUGUUUGCUGAAGCAAUACACAGCACCAUGGACACAUGCAAUCAACUGAUUCUCUUGAUGGGUAUACGUUAUUCAGCAAGGAAUCCGGACAAUCUCUUUCCAUAUGGUUACGGUAAUAUGCGUUAUGUGACUGCACUGAUCUCCGGAUGCGGUAUCAUGGCUUUUGGAUGUGGCCUAUCCAUCUACCAUGGGAUUUCUGGAUUACUGCAUCCUGCUGAACUAGAACCGCUCAAUUAUGUUAGUGUAGUCUUAAGACAGAUUAAAGUAUGGAACACGGACUUUGUUUUUUCCAUAUUGCAGGCCUACUACGCACUGUUUUUGUCAUUCUGUUUCCAAGGAACAUCGGCAUUCAAUGCUUAUAGAGAAGUAAUUUCAAAAGCUAAACGAGCUAAAAUUAGUAUUCUCAAUUAUGGUAUUUUUUGCCUAAACGUUGAACAUGUCUUUUCAUCUUUAGUGCGCACCUCAGCUGAUCCAUCUCUAAAUGUUGUGUUGCUAGAAGAUACUGCAGCUGUCUCAGGAGUUGCAAUAGCGCUAUGCGCUGUUUCAUUGUCAUCAUUGUUGGAUUCGCCUAUACCGGACUCUAUCGGAUCGAUACUCAUUGGAUGCUUAUUAGGUACUGUUGCCUCUUUCAUUAUUCGUACAAAUGCGGCUCAUCUUGUUGGAAGAAGUCUUCCGAAACGGAUAACUGAUGAUAUA